AUGUCGAUAUCAGUUGCUUCGACGCUCUAUCCUAAGAUCACUCAGCACGUUUCAGAAGCAGUCAAAGUCUUAAAGAAGCUGCAACACAAUUCUGAUCGACCGGACAAGGAUAAGACACUAGAGUCUAUUCUUCUUGUAGGUUCAGUCAAAUUACACGGUACUCGCGCAGAUAUGCUGGUCUACAACGGCGAUAAGAUCGUACUGCAAUCAAAGGAUGUGUUCAAUAUCACAAUAGCCAAUGACAAUCAGGGCUUCGCUGCUGCAAUGGCUGAUAAUGCCAACACCAUCCUCGACAUACGCGAUCAAUACCUUGCACGCUGGAAAUUUUCCAAUCCAAACACGCCCAGCCCUCAUCGCUGCAUCAACAACUCCUGGGUUCAAGACACACUCUACCCGAGUAUCGAGGCCCCUUCGUCUUGCAUCUACGACAUCGCCCGCGGCGGCACAUUCACCGCUACCCUCUACCCCGACAACACCGCACGUACCCUCUCCGAAAUUGAGACCCUCGCAGACGCAGUAGCGUCAUACUGCCCCUUCGCCACCUCCUUCGGUGUCCACGGCGAAGGCGAAAACAUAGUAUGGAAGCCCGCACCGCCAUGCCCGUCCUUCAAUCCUACGCUAUGGUUCAAAACGAAAGGCGGUCGCUUCAAACCCACAUUUGCAGCCGCGCCUAAGUCCCUGCCCAUCGACCAGAAAGAGAAGCGCGAUAAUGCAGAUGCAGUGGCGGCGAUCUGGGAUGUUGGCGUAGGAAGGGAUAUGAGGACGCUGGGGAAGUAUCUGAAGUGGGUACAGAGUGAUAUUUUGACGGAGAAAAAAGCAUAUAUCGAAGAUAAUGGUGUUGAUGAAGGGAUGUUGAGGAUUAGUAUUGCGAAGAUUGCGUGGUAUAUCAGGCACGUGGGUCUAAGAGAAGAGUGACGGCAUUAAGUGUAUUUACACCUUAGUGACAAAGACGAUGCAUGUUAGGAUCCAGGUAGCCGCUGAGUAAUGUGCUGCCGUCCCGCUUGUCAAGCUAUUUCACCUCACUUCAGCGCCCCGCCGCG